GGGGAAGGGGAUGCGCUCGCUAGUGGAAAGAGAGUGGAGGUCACAGAUUUAGGUUGACUUACCCAAUCAUGCAGAAAUCUCCACCAUCAACAACUGGACAAAUCCUGGAUGCUGUGCUUUUGCCAUAAACUUUCUUAAUAUUACUACUGCAGAAUACAGAGAUGGGCUCGACGAGAAAACUCAGCAAGGGCUCAGCAAAGUUUCCCUCACCGAUACGAUUUCCAAAGUUUCGACUGUGCGCGUCUUUCAUUGUAUGGAUAACGGCUCUGGCGUCGGUCUGCGCGGGGUUUAACCUGGAUGUGGAGAACCGUGUGGUAUACACUGGACCAAAGGGCAGCUACUUUGGCUACUCUGUAGAAUUCUACGUUGACAGCUCAUCAAGUGUCAGCAUCCUAGUUGGUGCACCGAAAGCCAACACCAGCCAACCAGAUGUUAUAGAGGGCGGGUCUGUGUUCUUCUGUCCCUGGAGACAUGACCAAUCAAAGUGCAGUGUUCUUGAAUUUGACAGUGAAGGAGAUCGGAGUUUCAACGACAUCAACAACAGAGACCUCAAGGUGGAAUUCAAAUCCCACCAAUGGUUUGGGGCAACAGUACGCUCCCAUGGCGACAACGUCCUGGCCUGCGCUCCAAGGUACUAUUGGAGAACGGAGCAUGACAUUCCUUUUUCAGACGCCACCGGAACCUGCUACCUGUCUGUGAACAACUUCACAAAAACAGUUGAAUACGCCCCCUGUCGAACAGAGAGACACGGUCCUGCCGGCCAGGGCUACUGCCAAGGGGGGUUCAGUGCUGACUUCACUCAGGAUGGGAAAGUUGUUCUUGGGGGACCCGGAAGUUUCUAUUGGCAAGGCCAGUUGAUCACAGCCACUACAGAGGAAAUAGUGAAGGCCUUCUAUCCGUCCUACUUCCUGCUGUCAGUGGCCGGGCAGGUGCAGACCAGGCAGGUGCAGAGCAGCUAUGAUGACAGCUACCUCGGUUACUCUGUGGCUGUUGGAGAGUUCAGUGGAGAUGAUACUGAAGAUUUUGUAACAGGGGUCCCCAAAGGAGUCAUGCUGUAUGGUUUAGUAUCUUUACUAAAUGGAACCAAUCUACAGUCCAUGCUGAACUUCACCGGUGAACAGAUGGGCUCGUACUUCGGAUAUGCAGUGGCAACAGCAGAUAUCAACAAUGACGGGCUGGUGGAUCUGCUGGUGGGGGCGCCUCUCUUCAUGUUCCACCGUCCUGGUGGUCACCUGGAGGAGGUGGGCCGCGUCUACGUCUACCUGCAGACGGCUCCACUGUUCUUCAAGCCUGCGCCGCAGCUGAGCGGCACACACACCUACGGCUGGUUCGGAGCCUCCUUCGCCCCCCUCGGGGACCUGGACCAGGACGGCUACAAUGAUGUAGCCAUUGGCUGCCCCUUUGGUGGGGAGGAUGGGCAAGGCCAGGUCCUCAUCUACAACGGACAAACAGCUGGAUUAAGCGACACACCUUCUCAGGUGCUGACUGGCCAAUGGGCUACCGGUGUGCUUCCCACAGGGUUUGGUUACUCCAUCCAAGGAAGCAAAGAUCUGGAUGAGAAUGGUUAUCCAGAUCUUCUUGUUGGAGCCUUUGGAGCAGACAAGGCAGUUUUGUACAGGGCCAGACCCAUUGUAAAUGCCUCUGCUACUUUGGUAGUGCAGCCUACAAUGAUCAACCCAGAAGAAAAGAACUGCAUAGUGACCAAUGAGAAUGGAACCAUCCCUUCAUCGUGUGUGAGUUUGAAUUUCUGCCUCUCUGCCGAUGGAAAGCACCUCCCCGCUGAUUUGGCCUUCGUGGUGGAGCUGCAGCUGGACAGUGUGAAGCAGACACAGAGAGGGCUGGUGAGGAGGGCUCUCUUCCUGCACUCCCAGAAGCCCUCUUACAUCCAGAGGCUCUCGCUGGCCAACGGAGAACCCCUGUGCCAAGACACCAAGAUCUACCUGCGCGGUGAGAAGGAGUUCCGGGACAAGCUGACCCCCAUAGUGAUCAGCCUGAGCUUCUCUCUGGAUCCCCAGGCUGCUGUGGACUCCCAUGGCCUGCAGCCCAUCCUCAACUACCAGACCACACAGCUCAUUCAUCAAAAGGCUCAGAUUCAACUCGACUGCGGAGACGACAACAUCUGUGUGCCGGAUCUGAAGUUGACUGUUAGGGGGGAUCGAGAGGAGGUGUAUCUGGGGGAUGAAAAUGUCUUGACUCUGACGUUUAAUGCUGUGAACGAGGGUGAAGGUGGGGCUUAUGAAGCAGACCUGUAUGUGCUCCUCCCACCAGAGGCUGACUACAGUGGCAUCGCCAGAAACAACCAUUCGCUAACCCAGCUGACCUGUAGUUAUGCAGCAGUGAAUGAUACGCGUUUUGUCAGCUGUGAUCUGGGAAACCCUAUGAAGUCUGGAACAAGUUUGUGGGCCGGUCUUCGUUUCACAGUGCCAAGAGUCCAGGACACACAGAGAACUGUCCAGUUUGACCUGCAGAUCCGUAGUAAAAAUGAGAACAACUCCCACAGCGAGGUCGUCUCGUACUCUCUUGAGGUAGCCGUUAUGGCAGACGUCAUCCUUCAAGGUGUGUCCCGUCCAGAUAAACUUCUGUUUCCUCCUGCUGACUGGAGACCGACCAACAGGUGGAUGGAGGAGGACAUCGGCCCCCAGAUGCUGCAUGUUUACGAGUUGUUGAAUAAUGGUCCCAGCACGCUGAGUGUGUCUACGCUGGAGCUGCGGUGUCCUCGUCAGGUGGAAGGUCACCGCCUGGUCUAUCCUCUGGAGGUCAGCACCGAGGGCCCCCUCAACUGCAGCACUAAAAACAUCAUCAACCCCCUGAGGGUCAAGCUCCAGCCGAGCCCGUCGGAGGAGCCCCCUGCGCUAGCGUCUGGCUCCAGUCAGGCCAGGCAGAGCAGAGAGCUACCCAGGGACCAGCUCUCACAGCUCAGCAACCUGUCCUGCUGGACAGUCCAGUGCUGGAGGCUGCAGUGUAGCGUGGGGGUGCUGCCCAGGGGGAAGAGCGUCAUCCUGAAAGUGAGGUCUCGAGUUAGCGCUGAGACCUUCAUAGAGAGAGCUUAUAAGCAGUACCUGCUGGAGUGCAUGGUGGAGUACAGAGUGGAAAAGAUGCCUUAUUCCAUACUGCCCAAGGAGUACCCAAAUGGAUCCACCAAAGUCGUGACCCCAAUAGUGUGGGCUAAUCCAGAGAACCCGUAUGCUGUGCCCCUGUGGAUAAUCAUUCUGGCUAUACUGGCUGGACUGCUACUGCUUGCACUAGUCAUCUACAUUUUAUACAAGCUGGGUUUCUUCAAGCGAUCUGACCCUUAUGGCACAGCCAUGGAGAAGGCACAACUCAAGCCCCAGGCUUCAUCAGAGGCCUAACCAAAACCACUGAUCCCAGCUGGUCCGGGUUGCACUUCGAAACAGCAGGCAAGAAGCAGUAUCCAAGUUCCAUGAGGGAAAGUAAGAACCUGUGUCUGAUGAAACAGGAUGCCAGAUGGAUGGCAUUUUGAUGCAGGCGUGACUGCUAUGUUUGUCAUUUGACUAAAACCCCUGCCACAGAACAGUCUGCAUCAGCCUAUGGGUUAGGCAGGGGGCGUCAAGCUACGUACUUUUACAGAACUGGACUCUUCAGAGCCUCUCCCCCACAGCAUCACUACAACCUCAGUGGCAUGUCAAACAAGUUAAGUUGAUUUAAACUAAGAAGAGUGAUAUCUGGCAACCCCAAUGGAAGCACUGAUUUAGUUGUCCUCGGAAAGGCACAUUUUUUCAUGAAACCUGGAAGGGCUCUUCACAAAAAGUAAAUCACAAGCACAGCUAAAUUAUUUAUAUGGAGGGCUUUAUUGCCUGUGGAUGUUUGUUAUCUGUCUCAUUUGUCUGUUUCAGUACAACUGGAAGGGUAAUCUGGCCAGUUAUUACCUGUGGUUUUCACGUCCAAGUUUUAUUAAAUCUCAAGCCCUAUGUACUUUUCACUUUGGACAGUAGUUGUUGUCAAAAGCUGAGCUCUGACAAACUUUGUUCAAAUUCUGAAGAGCAGACCUAUAGCAUCCACUUAGUCAAAUGUAUGCUAUUGUAGUCAUGAAGCCAAAGAAUCAAGUUUGUGUGUUUUGACAAACGAGAGAGAGAGCUAAGAUGAUGGAGCAUUGGAACUUGCUGAUAGGACCAAAGCAUUCUUUGUCCCAACAUUUACCCCUCUCCUAUUUAGAUAGUCACACACAGCUGCAGGUUUUGCAGGUCUUGUUUUCACUACCUUGAAUGCCCUAGUGCUGCCAGUGGAGUUCAGGGUUGGCAGAAGGGAAAAAGUGAACACUAGUCUGCCUAAAGCUCUCUGUUUUUUAUUACUAAGACAAAAUUCACCUUGUGGCCUUGCAUACUUUGCAUAUAUAUGUUGGAACACUCUGUGUCAGGCAGAAACACACAUCAGCUGUUUUCAACUGUCACAUGCUCUCCACAUAUCCUGUCUCCAGUCUAAAGGUUGUCCCAGCGGCCUGCUUUUCAGUUGCAUGGGUUCUCAUAUGUCCAGGGAAGACUGCAAUAUUCACAUCCAGUCCAAGUGGUCCUCAGGUCUUGAAAAAAAAAAAACAUUACCCAUGCACCCAUUUUUUUAUACAUAUGAAUCAUUUCACCUAUGGUAGAGCUAGAUCAGUGUUUUUAAUGCUCUAUUUUUACACAAACACACCUUCAUAUAUACUUAUGUUUGGAUCUACUUGAAUAUCCUACUACUCAUGAGUACUGUAUGUAUUUUAAUCUGCUUAAAAUCUGUGUAAUAAAAUACGAUACCAAAAAAGACUAGGCACAAAUGUUUAUAUUAAUUACAUUUCAGACAAUGAUAUGCACAUAGAGUACAUAUUACAGAAUGUAUUCUAGAUAAGCUACCAGUUUUUUUAGAGCAGGGAAUUGAGACUUGGAUCCGACAAAUUUCCAUUUUGCCUUUUAAACGAAAAUGACCUUCAGUCGUGGCAAUUUGUGUUCAAAAAGCCAUAUAAUGAAUGUUCAACCUACAGCCCUUUGAAUUCCUUACUUUUAGCUCAUAUAAUAUGUGUGGGUAUGUAUUUAAAAUUAUGUUUUUGACUGCAAUAUCUACAUGUAAUCUUGUUUAUGAAACAAUCCUUGUGUCUUUUUCCUGGUCCUUUCUGAGUUGUACAUUUGUGGAAAAUAUUUUAAUAUACAUUAAAAAUGUGUCAUUGUUUUGUUGAAGAAAAUAUUAUUUUCCCAUAUUGGGAGAAAAUAAUGUGUUAAUUUUGUUGUAUGUUGCUGUUUUGAA